AUGCCAGUGUGUACAAACUGCGCAUACCCAGCAGAAUACGUAUACACGACAUACAAGACAAAGUCAAAUAUCAGACUGGGCGUUUGUCCAAGAUGCGAUCAAUUCCUGGAUCCAUUGAUUGAACAUCCCGACUUGAUCAUCCUACUGGAUCUGAUCCUGCUGAAACCUCGAGUGUUCUUACACCUACUGUUCAACCGAGGUUCACCACCGUUCGACGCAGAUAAAGGAACGUCAGUCACAGGGGAAGAGCAACAUGAAGAGAGGAAGCGUAGCAUACAUCAAGAUCUAUGGAUAUUAGGUUGUCUUAGUAUCCUAGCUGAGACUUCAUUACGUCUAUUACCUUCUCUCACCAAUUCCAAUCCAAGGGGGAUCGACGCAUAUCAAGCUAUCGAGGUGGGAUUGAUAGUUUUGGUCGAAGGUAUAGCUCAACAUGGCACGACUCUUUGUUUGGCAUUAUUAGCUCUGAGGUUUAAAGGGUGGUACCCGAGUAGCAAUGCGAAAAACAACAUGGAUGAUAAAAAGAAGGAUGGUAGACAACAAGACUUCUUACCAUCCCUCAUACCGCUCACAAUACUAUACACCUCCCUCGUACCCUUACUUCUCCAAUUACUUUUAUCAAUAUGGUACACUCCCCCUCCAUCAAUCCAUGAGCAUCUUCCCGUAACUUUCACCUCCACAUCCUUUUUCUCAUCGCUACCCUUCGAAAUCCCCUCGGGACUGCUAGAGCUGGAAAAUGCUCUCAAUCACGCAUGGGCACGAUCCGAUAGGAUCUGGGUAGGGACGAGGCUACUAGCCGGGAUGAGUGCUGGUUUUGGGCUGAGGGUAUUAUUACCUACAAAACCUUGGGAAACCACUAUGAUCGUUCUGGCGGGCUGGUUGGGAGCUGCAUUCGUAUCGCAGGUGAUGAGCGGUGGUGUAAAUAUAGAUUAUGUAGCAUCAUGA